UAACCGUGCUCGAAAUGAAAUUCUAUUGUCGAAAAAUGCUGGAAAGUGUGUUUGUUUAAGAAUAUAGUGUAAACACAUUGCCAUUGUAAAACAUAAAGGCGAAAAUUCCUUGAAAUAAUUUCCAAUUGGAAUUGGAAUUGGACACAGGGUGUCUGUUUGCGUAUGUGUGUGUGCGCGCUUGUGCUUGUGUAUGUGCCAUCCUUAAUUUUUUCGCACAAAUGUAUGUACAUAUGUAUGUAGCUGAACAUUUUCUCUAAUAUACCAACAAUCGAGAGCGCACACAUAGCAAGGCGAAGAGAGCAGCACGGCGCACAGCCACAGCCACAGCCACGGUACCCUUGCGAGAAAAGUACAACUUCAACCACCUUUCGAUUGGCAAACACUCACUGAGCGACAACGUUUUGCUACCACCGCAGCCGCAUUGACGCGGCGCUGCCAAUUCCUGCCAACAUAUAGAUCGACACAAUAACAGGAGCAACACACAUUAACACAAAGGAGUUGCAAGCGCAGCUGAAGCCAUCAGCGACAUGUUUACGGGUAAACUGCAGAUCAAGGUGUGCGAGGCGAGCGGCCUGCGUCCAACAGAUUUUCAAAAGCGCCACAAUUUAACAUUUGGCAAAUUGGCCGAUGAGCAGCUGAUCGAUCCCUACGUGUCCAUAGAUGUCGACGAGAGUCAUUUUGAUCGCUCGACAACACGACCAAAGACAUUCGAUCCAGUAUGGAACGAGCAGUUCGUUCACGACGUGACCAAUGCGCGCAACAUCAACUUGACUGUUUUUCAUGAUGCAGCCCUGCCUCCGGAUGACUUCGUCGCCAAUUGCAUUAUACCAUUCGAGGAUCUGAUGCAGAGCGAGUCGGGAGUGCCAGAUCUUUGGAUUAACCUAGAACCACAGGGUAAAAUCCACGUAAUUAUCGAGCUGAAGAACCGCAAUGAUCAAGCUAAAGCGGAUGCCGAAGUGGAGCAGACUGUUGCCGUUAACAAGGAGUUCAAAGAACGCGCCGGGUUCAAUCGACGCCGUGGCGCUAUGCGCCGUCGUGUGCAUCAGGUUAACGGGCACAAGUUUAUGGCCACGUUUUUGCGCCAGCCGACCUUCUGUUCACAUUGUCGCGAGUUUAUUUGGGGAAUUGGUAAACAAGGCUAUCAAUGUCAAGUUUGCACCUUAGUUGUACAUAAAAAAUGCCAUCUGUCUGUGGUCUCCAAAUGCCCUGGCAUGCGCGAAGAGCAGCAAGCCAAAGUGGAAGUGGUGCCGGCCGGGCAACGGUUCAAUGUGAAUGUGCCACAUCGGUUUGUGGUGCACAGUUACAAGCGUUUCACAUUCUGCGAUCACUGCGGUUCGUUGCUCUAUGGACUCAUUAAGCAGGGCCUACAGUGCGAGACAUGUUACAUGAACGUCCACAAGCGGUGCCAAAAGAAUGUGGCCAACACGUGCGGCAUCAAUACCAAGCAAAUGGCCGAGAUACUCAGCUCCCUGGGCAUUUCACCGGACAAGCAGGGCCAGCAGCCGCGCCGCUCCAAAUACUUGAGUCAACCGGGUGGCGAAGACAAUUAUGGCGCUUCGCUGGGCUGCGAGGGGGGCGAUAAUAUGCCAGGCGCCUCAUUUCGCAGUGGCACCAUGUCGGCCGACAGCUUGGCCACCUCAACGACUACGCUGACUAGCGGCUACAACAGCAGCAGCUGCAUGAGCUUAGCUGUGGGCGGAGGAGAUUCUCGUCCAGGCAAGUGCUCGCUGCUGGACUUUAACUUUAUCAAGGUGCUGGGCAAGGGCUCCUUUGGCAAGGUGAUGCUGGCCGAGAAGAAGGGCACCGAUGAGAUCUAUGCUAUUAAGGUGUUGAAGAAGGAUGCCAUUAUACAGGACGACGAUGUUGACUGCACAAUGACCGAAAAACGCAUCCUGGCUCUAGCCGCCAAUCAUCCGUUCCUUACGGCGCUGCAUUCGUGUUUUCAGACUCCGGACCGUUUGUUCUUCGUCAUGGAAUAUGUAAAUGGUGGCGAUCUGAUGUUUCAAAUACAGAAGGCGCGUCGCUUUGAGGCCGCCCGUGCCGCUUUCUAUGCCGCCGAGGUGACGCUUGCCCUGCAAUUUUUACACACUCAUGGCGUUAUCUAUCGCGAUCUGAAGCUGGACAACAUUCUGCUUGACCAGGAGGGGCACUGUAAGCUAGCUGACUUUGGCAUGUGUAAGGAGGGCAUAAUGAACGGCAUGCUGACAACGACCUUCUGUGGCACACCCGACUACAUAGCCCCCGAAAUUCUCAAGGAACAGGAGUACGGCGCAUCCGUUGACUGGUGGGCGUUGGGCGUACUCAUGUACGAAAUGAUGGCUGGCCAGCCGCCGUUUGAGGCUGAUAAUGAAGAUGAGCUUUUUGACUCCAUUAUGCAUGAUGAUGUGCUCUACCCUGUAUGGUUGUCCCGCGAAGCCGUGUCCAUAUUAAAAGGUUUUCUCACCAAGAAUCCAGAACAGCGUUUAGGCUGCACAGGCGAUGAGAAUGAAAUCCGCAAGCAUGCAUUCUUUAAUAAACUCGACUGGAAGGAACUGGAGAAGCGAAACAUAAAGCCACCAUUCCGACCUAAAAUGAAAAACCCACGUGAUGCCAACAAUUUCGAUGCCGAAUUCACCAAAGAGGAGCCGGUGCUAACACCAAUUGGUAAUGAUGUCAUACGUUGCAUCAAUCAGGAUGAGUUCGCCGGCUUCUCAUUUGUCAAUCCCAAGUUCGGGCCAGAGCGCAAGGUGUUUUAAAGCGAUGACCGUUGGAUUAUUGGAUUGGAUAUGCGCUUAGUUUUGGCGGGAAAUAAACCAGCAAACUGGAUCAUUCGAAAGAAGAAGCACAGGGCAAUUCGUUGCCAGGUUUUUAAUUAGAUGUAGCCCAAUGCUAAUCUCUUAGCCUAUUCCUAGCCCUAGCUUAUCUCCCUAGCACAUGAACCUAAAAUUUGCUUCCGUUGAACACUUUAUAAACGCUUUAUUGUUGUCUGUUUCCA